AUGAAAACGUACGAGUUUUUAAAGAAUCUAUCGAAUGCUCUGUUGCUAUGCAAUUACGUGGUGGAGAUGUUCGACGAAAAGCCGCAGGCAGUGAGGAUGAUGACCUUUACCUUUGAUAGUCGUGCUGGCUCUGUUACUAAGCAUCAAAUGACUUAUCCAGUGUUUGAGAGCGGCGAUUAUGUUAAGUAAGGAAGGGGUAGGGCGUUAGGGGUGGUGGUUUGGGGAAUUACAGUGGGAGUAAUUUUACUUUAAGGAGGGGCUGCUUACAAUAAAUCAUUUUUUGAGAAUGUGAGCUUACUGUAGAGGUAAAUUACUGUAAGUUUAAUCCUAAUUCUUUAGGCUAUUGCGCUUUUCUAAAAAAUGCUUUUCCGAUGUUACUAUAGCUAUAGGUAUGAAACUGAUCUUUUUUAUUCUAAUCAAUGACGUUUUAGACGUGAACACUACAUGACCUUUCCAACUGAUGAAGAUAUUAAAAGUGUCGUCAUUUUGCAGCACAAUUACACUUCUUUUGGAGGUUAUAUCACCAAGAACAACAAAGUAUGCCACUUCGACAACAAACAUUACGACGCAUCAAAAGAGUCAGAGCGAUGUCUGAACGAUGGCCAUAUCUACGUCUUCAAUGGUAAAUUUGCAUAUAUUCCAAAAGACUUGGAGGAUAAUAUCACGCUUAUUGAAAACGGAAGAAAUAGGAUUGUAAACGAUGUCGAAGGCCUUAAAACACCACUUGGAGUGGUACAAGAGCAAAAAAUGUUUGUUUAUAAAGAUAGUGGGAACAAGUGUAAGCAGAUAUGGUAUGAUAAAAGUGUUUGGAAAUCGGUAGAUUGUGAACGAAAGAAGUUAUUGUACGUCGACAACAAGGGAAGGGAUAUGUGGUACUCUUUGGUAGGUUUUAAUAACUUUGAGUUUUUCGAACGGAGCUAAAGUAGUAUGGUAUUGAUACUUAUGCUAUUAUUACUAGUACUGAUCCUGAUGUUAGUAGUAGUUGUCAUUACUAGCAUUGAUACUGAUGUCGUUAGUAAUAGUAUACUAGUAUUGCUACUGAUUUUCUUCGUAAUAGUUAGUUUUAAUACGGCUAUUGAUGGUAUUAGUACUAAUGCUGGUAUUGAUGUUAUUGGUAACAGUUAGUGCUGUAACAACACCAGUAUCAAUAUAUACUAGUAUUGAUACUGGUGUUGUUACUAAUACUUAGUACUAUUACUGCUACUGAUGUUAUCAGUAAUAGUAUUAUAGAUAACUACGUUAUUGGGGCUGUUACUGGUUCUGGGUUACUAGUAUUAGGUGCCGGCAAAAGUUUUUCCACGAUUUUUGUUUUUACCAAAAUUUAAUAUUUAAAAAAAGAACAUCAACUAAUGAACAAAUAUAUGUACCAUUAUUAUCAACGACCUGUUGCCAUUCCUUCGGCAGCAUUUGGAUUCAACUUCUAUAGAAACCUGGAGUUUGAGAAUGAGAGCAGGAGUUUUCGUGUAGGGACAUUUCGGGUAGCGACUUUUCGGGUAGGACAUUUCGGGUAAUGGACUUUUUGGGUAGGGACUUUUCGGGUAAGGACUUUUCGGGUCAUGAAUAUUUCGGGCAAUGGUAAUUUCGGGUAGGGAUUGUUCGGGUAGCUACUUUUCGGGUUAUCGACAUUUCGGGUAGGAACUUUUCGUAUAAUUUAAAAUAUUAAGUUAUGGAUAAUUACCGGCACGGUACGCUAACGUUCACAGUAUUCUAGUUACCAUGCGACCUUUCUUUUUUUCACUUUUUAUAAAAAAAUUAUAACUACGAUUUUUAACAUUGCAAGUCAUAAUUUUAAGUCUGGAAAUUUUAUUGUAAUUAUCCAUAACUUAAUAUUUUAAAUUAUACGAAAAGUUCCUACCCGAAAUGUCGGUAACCCGAAAAGUAGCUACCCGAACAAUCCCUACCCGAAAUUACCAUUGCCCGAAAUAUCCAUCACCCGAAAAGUCCUUACCCGAAAAGUCCCUACCCGAAAAAUCCAUUACCCGAAAUGUCCUACCCGAAAAGUCGCUACCCGAAAUGUCCCUACCCGAAAAGUCACUAACCCACCAUUAUUAUCAACGACCUGUUGCCAUUCCUUCGGCAGCAUUUGGAUUCAACUUCUAUAGAAACCUGGAGUUUGAGAAUUGAAAAAGUUAGCCCACCAUCUCUUGCGGUACUCUCGAUUGUUAAAGUGUGUUGCUUUCAGGUGGUUUUGAAGAGAGUCGAACAUAUUAUAAUCUGUAGGCACAACAUCAGUUGAGUACCGUGCAUAUAGCAUCACAGCCCAGCCAAAGCUUUUCAGCUUGUGCUGGGUCAACUUUUUCAUAUAGGCGCGAGCAGUAUCAUGAAUGAAGAAGGUUCGAUUCUAUUCACUAUGCAAUGCCGCCGCAACAGAUUUAAUUUGUCUACAGUAGACAACUACAGGAAUCGUAGUUCAAUGUGGUACCAUUUCCUAGAACACAAUAUCUGUUGAGUUCCAGCUAACGCUGAUCAUCCUAUACAGUGGGUGAAGAUCAGGUUUUGGGGUUGGUGUACCUUGUUCUCCACGUGCAAGCCAUUGUUCCUUCCUGGUGUGAUUAACAUACAGUACCCACUCCUCAUCCCCAUUAAUCAAAUUGUCAAGCCAUUCAAAGUUCCUUGGGAAUAUAAACAAGUGCAACUUCCACUUAGCGUUUCAGGUGGUCGCUGUUCAAAUCAUGUGGAACCCCUUGACCAUAUUUCCAUGAUCUUCCAAGGUCGUGAAGUCUAGUUAAUAUAAUAGAAGGAUCACACUGAAGCUCUACAGUCAAAUGAGUGCAGGUUUGUCUGGGGUCUUCUUCAAUCAGCUUCAGAAGGUUGGGUUUCUUCAACGCUGAUGAUCUACCAUAUCGAACUUUUCGGACGUGUCAAAGUCACCGUUUCUGAACUUGUGGAACCAAACUUUCGUGGUGUCGUAAGAGACAACUGAAGGCCCUACAGCACUGCAUAUUUCCUUCGUCGCUCUUGUUGCGUUGCCGGGAUUGCGGAAUUUGAGAAGCAACACUGCCCAAACAUGGUCAUGUUUCACCUUGAUUUCCUGAACCAUCGUAAACAACAGAAUGCUUGAACAUGCAAUAGUUUUUAGUCCUUGCACAACUCUUUAUAUAGGUUAUCAACAGAAACUUCUAGAACUGUCUAUAAUUUUUUGGUAAAUUUUAGAAAAAUUGUGGAAAAACUUUUGCCGGCACCUAAUACAUAUACUAGAAGUUAUCUUUAGUAAUUACGAUAAGUAUAUGAUGAGUACUAACACUGAGAUUUUUAUUACUAUUCUUAGUACUUUUCAGGCAUACAUCAGCCUGGUUUCCAACUGUAAAAUUAAAGCGACAGAGUCGGAAUUAGCCAAUACUUAUGUAUUGUUUGUUAAACCUCGGUCUUCGUAAGUUUAAAAUUAAAUUUUUUAAAUGAAAUUGAUGCCUGUAUGGUGUAUUAUGUACAAUAUUGUUUAUAUAUAGGGUAAAAUACGUCCUCCAUUCUUAGCCUUGUUAAAAUAAAGUCUGCUUCAGGGUGUACAUAAUCUUGAUGGUCGCCGUACCAUGCUCACUGUUCAUAAUCAUAAUAAAGUUUGUUGUCGUGUUUGUCUGCUUACAUACGAAGUUCAAGAAACGCGAUUCCUUGACGCAAAAACGACUUUUGGUAAGUUUUUGGGAAUUUAAUGGUCGUUUUAACAAUUUCUUUGAUAAUUUCAAAAAUUUAGUUAAAAAUAUUGUAAAACAUAUAAAAAGGCAACUAUAUUCAAGGCUUCAUGUUAGUAUCUUGACUUACAGAAACGGUAUACGACUUUGAAAUCGCUAAAAAUCGAAAACCGUUUGACUCUUUUUUUCUUACAGGCUAACUUAAUAUGAUACUCUGCAGAUGCUCUGUAGUAAAACAUUGAAAGCAGAUUAGACAGACAAUACAUAUUUUUUUGUUUUAGACAAUCGACGAAGAGAGGUCGGAUUGCUCGGGCGACUACUUGACUAGUACUUCAUCAGGCCAGUCAAAGCCCAAAAAGACAAAUUGGAAGAAGCUAAAGAUGCCUAAGGUCAUGAAGAAGAAUAAAGACGACUUGUCUUUUGAUGACAGUGCUAAAAAUGUAAAUUUUUCUUUCUUAUACACUUUGCAACUAUUGAUUUUUUAAAAAUCGGAUUUAAAAAGAUGUUUUUUUAAAUUUUAUCACGUUUUGUUUAAAAAAUGACAUGUUAUAGGAGGCUUUUGAAUAAAAGAUCUUGAAAAAGUUAUAAAACUUUCAUUUUUAGAGAUUUUGAAUUACAAUAUUAACAAAGAUUUUAUUACUUAAAAUUUCAGACAGACAAUCCUCUGGGAAAACAAAAGAAACCGAAAAUGCCUAAGGGUGAAAAAAAGAAAAAGAAGCCAAAAGCGAACGGUUCUCCGAAGAAACCGAAGGAUCCCAAAAAGAAUGGUAAUAAUGGUACAGGAAAUGCAAGCCCGAUUGAUAAGAAGAAAGCAAAAAGAAAGGCUAACAACAAUAAUAUCAUUGGAGGAUCAGAAGAGUAG